GCGAAACUGCAUGAGUGAAUGUCAGCGGCACUCAGUACAGUUACUGACGUUUCGUGUUGUGAACGAUCACCCGUUGAUCGUCGUCGUCGUCAUCGUCGUAGUCGUAGUCGUCGUCGUCGUCAUCGACUGAGUCGAGUGCAAUUUUACUAUGCGCUCUUGAUACACAUACGCGUUCCGUGAAGCCUAUCGAGCGGUGAUUUUGUAUGCACGUAUGGAUGAGAUCGUGACGAUGACCGUACCUCCGCCACUACCAGCCAAGACUCAGGUCCGAGAUGCGAACCAGGCCGCUCGGCAGACUGUGUCAAUCCGGACCGUUUCUCCUUCCGUCUCGCCGUCCCUCGCCACCGGACCCGGAGCAACGGUAUUCGUCGGAGUUAGCGCACCUACCGUCGAUACCGCGACAAUCUGCAGGGGAAGAAUCCCGGAAGUACAAUCGGCGAACGGCGGUUACGAGGAACGGAGUGACGUCGUCGAGUCCUCGCGACAGCAACGGUGGCAACAGUCGCAGCAGCAUCAGCAACAACAGGCCGCGCACAUAGUCAAGAUCAAGAUCAAUCCGGAUGGCGACAAGAAGAACAGCAGGGUGAUCUCGACGGUCAGAUUGACCCUGGAGCCCGAGAACAAUCGGGAUCGCGAGGAGAUCGAGAACGAGGCCUUUACCACGGGCAGACGUUGCGGUGACGGUGCGGUGGUAGUGAGUGCGACGAAUCUGUUGAACGAGCGACACUGUGCGAGUGCCGGUGCCGGUGAGGGCUGUGUGAGGAUCAGUGUCUUCAGCGGUGACCCGGCGUCCGACAAUCAGGAGCGCAACGGCGACAACGAAGACAACCGAGACAUGGUGCACCGCGGUACCACGGAUACACUGAACUCGACCACCCUGGGCGGUCGUACCAACGCCUGUUUCUAUUACAACACCUACCAGAGUCCGUUAAGCGGCAUGGUAAUGUCGAGCGGUCAAUGUUCGCCUAGCGAUACCUUAGACAGCGGUACGUGCAGCGACCUUGACGGCACGCCGCCGCCGUUGCCGAAGAAGAAGAACGCCAGCACGGUUAUAUUAUCUAGCAGCACGCAUAAUCGAACCAGCAGCCUGACCAGUAGCGGCGCCGAGGUCGACAGUGACGACAACGAGAGCAACAUCAGCUGCGACUCCUUGAACGGCAGAGAUGCGAAUGAGUAUCAAGUACGCGAGAUACCGAAGGACGAAGCGAAGAUGGACGCCGUCGAGAAGUUGAUCGCGCUUUCCUCGACUAAUGGCAGCGACGAUCGCAUCGAGGAAUCGGGUAACGUUCAUCAGCAGAUCUCGAGGAUGACGUCGUCGAGCAGCGUCUCGUCGUCGCCAUCCGGCACUUCGUCCUUGUCGAAAGCGUCCUCGACGCCGCGGAUAAGGAGUCCCGAGCCGGCGAUCGAGCAGAACGGCAAAUCGACAUCGUCGCCGGUCGUCAAAGAGUGCACGUACGAGGAGAGGAAGCAGCUGGAACAGGAGAGGACAGAGCAGGAGCAGUGCGUUGACGUCACUCAGAAUCGGUCGACUGGUCACAAGUACCUGUACGAGGAUGACAGGUAUUAUAAUUUCCACGUGAACGAGCUGCGCGAUAAUAAUAAUAAGAACUCGAACGGCGAGCACGACGUCGCUGAGAAUGACGAGAGUUUUGCCGGCUACAAAAUUCACGAUAAGGAAGCCAUACGAAGUGCCAAAGGGACCGUGCGUGGUGUCAAGAAUAGGGUACGAGCGGGCAUCGCAACGUUCUUGCAGUCACCCACCUCCAAGGCUUAUGUAGAAGAGAAAAAGGCAAAGUGGUGCUCUACAUGACAUCGUUAGGCAUAGUUAGAGAGACCUUUACCAAUUGUAUGAAGAUGAAACAAAUUUUAUGGACAAACAUGGUCAAGUAUGACGAAGCGGAUUUAUUCCGCGACACGGAAUUGCAGACCGAACUCAGGGAACGAAUCGAUUUGGAAGUCUUAAUAUUACCGCAACUUUUCGUCGAUGGUCAGCAUAUCGGGGGUGUCGACACCGUCGAACGGCUUAACGAGUCGGGAGAGCUACGCCGCAUUCUGGAACCUUACCAGUGUAAGGAUGCAUGCGCUGUUUGUACCUACUGCGGCGGAUUCCAGAGACUACUAUGUCCAAUCUGUCACGGUAGCAAGAGAUCAGUACAUCGCAACGAGUUCACAGUAGAAUUUGUCGCUCUAAAGUGCGCCAAAUGCGACGUCUUUGGUAUGAUACGCUGCCCGCAUUGUUGAGGAAAUUCCACGACGGAGUCCACAUACACAUCUGCUCAAAUCACACAUUUCUCUCUUUCUCUUAAUCUAUGAUCAUCUAUUAACUUACAUCUCUGUUAUUUAAGAUGCUACGAAUUUUAUUGCUAUGCCUUAAGUAAAGACAUACACGAAACGCCUACAGACACUAACUAAUUGCGUAGCUACGCUGUCGCAUGUUGUAAAAUAUCGGUUAAUAAAACUUUGUGUAAAGUUUUGUAA